UGGACUUGCAUAGAGCAUAGUCAAAAUGUUACAGAUGUUAUUUAUUCCAAAGGUUUGUUUUAUGCCCUCGAUAAAUUUGGUGGUGUCCAAACUUGUGAUAUUAGUGAACAUCGAUCUCCCAAGCUAAACAUUGUUUCAAGUGACUGCUUUUCUUAUGACGCCUCCACAAAGAUGAAGAAGUACUAUAUUGUGGAAUCAGCUGGUGGAGAUCUACUAUUGUUUGUAAGGACUACUUUUAGUUUUAUCGAUGAGAUUUUUGGUGGUAUGAAGAUGCAAAUAGCUCCUUUGGUGACACAAGGGUUCAAGAUUUUCAAGCUACUAUUUCUGAAUGGGAAGCCCAAGUGGGUUGAAGUUGAAACGAAUGACCUUGUUCUUGGUGACGGUGCUUGGUUCUUGGAUGACAAUUCUUCAACCUAUGUGCCGGCUUCUGGCUUGCUUGGAUGCCAUCCAAAUUGUAUAUACUUUGUGGAUUAUUUUAGGCCUGGUUGUCCUCAGCUAUGUGUCCAUCCUAUUACUCAUUUUAACUUGGGAGAUGAAAGCUUUCAGCAUCGUCUUCUAUCACAGUUUCCGUCUUCUCCAACAUCAACGUUUAUAACCCCAAUUUGGAUCCAGCCAACUUUUCAAGGAAGAAAGAGUCCCGUUGUAGGUUCUGAGAUGAAGAGGAACCCAAUGAAGCUCUCAAAUCCACCAUUUCUUUCUUUCUCAAGAUUAUGUGAUUAUAGAGGGAUUCUGAUUUCGGUGGCUGGGUUCUUUGCAAUUUUCAGCGUUUGCUCAUGUUAUUCUCAAGGGGGACUACGGCGACAAUAAAGAAGAUGUACGUUGGAUUUGUGUUGUUUCCCAAAAGAUGUAAUCAAAUCACACAGAGAUCAUCCACAAAUCAUUUCUAAUUAAUUCAUUGAUUUUGUGUUGCAUUUCUCA